AUGUCAAAGUCUCAGAUUCUACUCCGGGAUGGCAUCAUCCUGGUGCACGAUGCCGAUAGCCAUGUCGUUCCAACCGAAGCUGAUUUGUUGAUCGAGAACUCAGUCAUCGCGAAGAUUGAAAAAGCAAUCACUCCAGGACCAGGCGCACAAGUCAUUGACUGCAAAGGCAAGAUCAUCAGUCCUGGUUUCAUUGAUACGCAUCGUCAUCUGUGGCAAACCCAAUAUAAAGGAGCUCACGCAAACCAAACGCUUAUGGAAUAUAUGGUGAAGGGUAACUUUACUGGGGCUUUCUGGUCGCCGGAAGAUCUCUUCUGGGGUCAAUUAUCUGGAGCUCUUGAGUCUAUCGAAGCUGGCACGACGACACUGGUUGAUCAUUCGAGCUGUAACCUUACAGCAGAGCACAGCCAAGCUGCGUUACAAGCCCUACUUUCCACAGGGCUGCGAGCUAUCUACUGUUUCACGCCACCUCGCAGGUUGAAAUCACGAAGCCCGUUUACUGUUGAAGAUGAUGCUUCCGAGGAGACCAUCGCAAGAUACCAGACCUUGGCCCGUGGCGGCCCAUAUGGCAACGGUACAGUCCAUAUAGGGUAUGCAAAUGAUAAUAUCUAUACGCCGGCUGAGGACAUCAAGCAAUUCUACGCCACACUUAGAGACCCCGGCAAGGGGCGCGCGAAGCUCAUCACGACCCAUACCAUUGGCGGCGCUAUGCAAGGGAAAAAGACGCCUACGGCCAUUGAGAUUCUGCAUUCUCAUGGACUACUUGGCCCUGACAUCCUCUUAUCGCACGGUAACCGCCCUCACGAAGGCGAUGGUGCGCUGUACCAGUCUACCGGGGCUUCAGUCUCGAGCACACCCAAUACAGAAUUGCAAAUGGGUGGAUUCCCUGUUUGCCUUCGAGGUGACCACUACGACAAUGCCAGCCUCGGCGUCGACUGUCACAGCUGGGGGGUGACUGGAAUUCCGGGUCAGAUGCGGCUUGCAUUACAGUCUGGCCGUGCUUAUGAAGGGCAGAAACUUAAUGAGGAAGGAUUCUGGUCACGAAAGCCGGGUGGCAUCUCAGCAGAACAAGUCUUCAAUUUGGCUACGCUGGGCGGCGCCAAGGCAUGCGGUAUGCAGGAUGAGAUAGGUUGCGUGAAGCAAGGUAUGAAGGCCGAUCUUGUGGUUUUCGAUGGUGAAAGUCCCGGAAUGCUAGCUGCAGCCGUGGAAGACCCUGUUGCAGCCAUUGUUCUGCACAGCAACCCGGGUGAUAUCGACAUGGUUAUAAUCGAUGGUGUCGUGAAAAAGGGUGGCGGAAAACUGCUCGAUGUCGAAGUGGUACCAGCACCUGAUGCGUCUAUGAGCGUCCUCAAGCCUAACACAAGGCUGCAGUGGAAAGAUAUUGUCAAGAAGGUUCUUGAAAGCCGGAAGCAGGUCAUGGAGAAGACCGCUGAUAUCGAUUUCGAGGUGGGAGAACAAAAAGCCAUUGACAUGCUCUAUCUCGACAGGGGUGCCUUGGUUGAAACCUAG